GAAGACUUGGAGCAUACACCAGUAAUGUGAGAAAAGCACCGUCCUUAUCAAGGUUUACUUUUUCAUCUAAAGCUGCCGAGUGGAUUGUGAUUUACUGGCCGUGACAAGUCGCUGUAGCCUUGACCUCGACUCGACAUCACGCCAGUUAUAUCUCCAUUAUCAGAGCUCCACUGCCUUAUACUGAUAGCACGGCUCGCAGCCCUGAGGAGCAUCCAGAAAUCUCAUACUUCUUGAUAGCCCCGCCGCACUUUGACCAAUAUCAUCAUGGAGACACAUCGCGAGUCGAGAACUGCCUCCUUCUACAACAUUCCGCCCCUGCACCUGGUCAGCGUGGAACACCCUGCAGUGAUUCGCAACCUUGAUAAAGCCGUCGCCACGCUGCAGGGCAACACGGGCAUCCAGAAAAUCCUGAACCCUCCCAGGGCUGAUGCACCAAUCAAUUUGAUGCUGAGGCCGGAAGAUGCCAUGUCGCGACCCAUUCAGUCAACAAGCUGUCCUUCAAAUAAUGUCCUACUUAAAGUCACCGUGCCUAAGCGAACGGGACGAAAGCGCAAGAGAGGCACAGAUGAUCCCUUCGUUGAUGCUACGCUAGAGAAUGGAGAGCCCGUGCGGCGUCGCCCAGCAAAGGAUAUCAUUCGCAGUCUAAGCGACAAUCCCUCAAAGUACAGAGUUGAGGCAAUGGGAAAGAUUGAGCGGACUCAUGUGUUUCGAGGGAUGCCCGACUUUGUCUACUCGACUACGAACAGCGCCUUUUCCAACAAGUUUCGAGAACAAAUUCUCCCAUACGAGUUGGAGAAGAUCAAACAGUUUGAUAUCGAAAUGACCAAAGGCGCAACUCUAGGCGUGGACCUCAUCCCCCCUCCUUCCUUUAGCCAAGGGGAGGUGCCUUUCCAGUAUAUAUAUCGCCAAAAUCCCAUGGUGAAAAAGGCCGUUGAUCAAUCCGGUGAAGUCACAACUGUCAACACACAACAAGCAGCCCGAGUGCGCACUCACCUAGUCCCAUACGACAUUUCCCAAGUGCCAAAUCAACCCCAAGAAGGUCUUGCUCCCAUCGAGGACCUCGAAAAGGGCCUACGCGCAACCAUCCAAUUCCUCGAAGAACUCUUCUCAAAGCGACCCGCAUGGACUCGUCGUGCAAUCCGCAAUUUCCUCACCACCGACGAACAGCGCAAUUUCCUCCGCCACGCCGUGCCUUACGUCGGCUACAUCUUCCGCUCCGGACCCUGGCGCGAUGCCAUCGUCAAACUGGGCCACGACCCGCGCACUUCCCCAGCGUACCGCGACUACCAGACCUUCAUGUUCCGCAUUCUACCGCGCGAAGCAGAGCUUGCCCGCGACGGCGGCACAGGCCGUCGCCACAACAUCCCCCGUAUAACCGGUGACGAGACGAAUCAGACUUCCGAGCUGAAAAACACGCACCUCUUCACGGGUAAGCUUCCUCUACCACGCGAUGGUCGGAUCUGGAUGGCCUGCGACAUUACCGACCCCGUCCUCAAAAACAUCCUUUACCCACCGAAUCCACCUGAGAACUUCCUUCGACCGAGCUGCGAGAUUAUCACAGACGGAUGGUUCGGCAACGGCACACUGGCCAAAGUGAAAACGAUCAUGCGGUGGAAGAUCCAGACGCUUAUCGAAGAUCGACCACCGCGCGACGCGGACUUUUGGCGUGUUAUCGCAUUCCCGGAUCAUGCGUACACGGAGGCUGAUUUGGGACUUUUUACGGUUCCAUUAGAAGGGACGACUAGUCGGGAGGUUAGUAUGGCUACAGAGACGCGGGCUUCGAUUAAAGGGGCGCCGUUGUGGAGGAAGAUGCAUGAUCGGGGACGGGGGGAUUUGGAUGGAGAGAAGAUGGGGGUCCUGAAGAGAGCGAGGGGGAAGGGGAAGAAAGGGAAGGCUGUGGCGUUCGAGGCUGAGAGUGAAGAGGAGGCGGAUGAAGGUGGUAAUGGGGAUGAGAGUGAGGGAGAGGAAGAGGAGAUGGAGAGAGUGGAGAUGUGGGAAGAGCAGGCUGCAGCUGCGGUGAAGGCACGAGAGGAUGCAUUGGCUGAGGAGGAUGGGAAUGGGAAUGAGAAUGAGAAUGAAGAGGAGGACGAGGACGAAGAGGAUGAAUUGGAUGAUGAGUAAAUUUGAGUGGUGAUGCAAUUUGAUGCUUAGUGCGGAUUCCACAAGAUACAGCUUCAGCCAAGCUACUGAUGAUGUGUGGUAUCUACGAUUAACGGCCAACGAGGUUCAUUGUAACUCAUUUCAAUUAUAGCUCAUUCAUAUUCGCUGGAUACAUCAAACACAAACCAGACAAGUUAUUAAUUAAAACGAAGCAAAAGCAUAUGUAAUUCGGAAGAAACCAACAAAUCCACGAACAUUGAAUUCCGAUAGAAAAACAAAUAGACAAGGGUAUUCCAAGCAACAGAUAGAAUCAUCAUCCAGACAUCAAGACAUCAAAUUAACUCCGUCAAACCAAGAUCAUCAUAACUCCAUGCACCCCCCAGAAAGCAAAGAAAAUCCAGACCAAGACCAAGACCAAGACCGGGCCAGAACAGACGCCGAGACCAGAUGCAAAUGCAAAUUUCAUGAAACUUUCGAAACCCAUGGCAAACGAAUGUCUACUCCUUGGCAGCACCAGACUCAUUGCUAGCAUCCGUAGACUUGACGGCCUGUUCAUCCGGAACAACCGUCUCCAAAACCGAGGCAAUGGAAGUAGUGAUGACGGGCGUCACGAAAGUAGACUGCGAAGGAAGAGUCUUCUUCGAAACAAUCCCAUUCUCUCUCUCCCCAUCCUCAUCAUCAUCAUAGACGACGGCAAACGAAAACGCAUUACAAUCCUCCGGAUAAUAAUCCGCGGCAUUCAACUCCCCCAGCGGCGAACGGUCUUCGUCCAUCUUAUUCGCCUUGCGAGUCGCCGCGGCUGUAAUGAGGGCAGUGACCUCCGCAGAACGGGGCAGAUCAAUGCCCAGUUCCGCGGGGGCAACGUUUUCUUUACCGCGGUCGUCGCCGGUGGAAGUCUUGGACUCGUCAUCGCUGAUGUCGAGGACGCCGGUGGAGUGUUGCAUUAGGUUGGUCAUUUCUUCUUGCUCGGAGUCGACGUGGAUAUCGAAGAACCAUGAUGCCGGGCCUUUGGGCUUAGAGGGGGUUGUGGUCUUGUUCUUGCCGUGGGAGAGGGCCGUGGCUAGGGAGAAUGGCCGGGCGACACCGCCGCGUUUGCUGGGUUCGGGACGGGCCUUGGUGAUGGUUGAUCGGCGUGAUGCAGACAAGGAUUUGGGUGGGGGUGAGCGGCCGGCCGGUUUGAGGAUGGGUGCGGAUUUGGGUGUUGACAGGGAGAGUUUGGAUGGCGUUGAGAGUCGUGGGGAGAAGUUCAUGUCACGAAUUGAUAGGGCCAUGCGGGAGGUCUUGAGGGGCUUUGGUGAGCCCUUGGAGAUAUCAUCGUCAUCUUCGAGGGAGCGCUUGCGCUUGCCGGAGAGAUUGAGAGUGUUUGGAUCGAUGUUCUCGGCAUUAUCGAUGAAUAUGGAGCUUUUGGCUGAGAACGUCGCG